CGCAUGCGUUGUUUUAGUGACUCAAACAUGCAAGAGAUGGAAAACUUAUGGCAGUCGCGUGUAGACAGGAAGAUGAGCUACCUACAGGACAACUGCAAAGUUACAGAAAAAUUACUGUGGGCACUGUUGGGUGAGCAACUUAUAACCUACCACGAAAAGCAGGAGAUAGAGGUGAAAAAGACGGACUUGAGGAAGUUGAAUUGCCUUAUUGAAAUCACACGAUUCAAAGGUCCAGACUCGUAUCAAAAAUUUUGUGAUGCUCUCGAUACGGCUGGGCAAACGUUCGUUGUCGACGAACUGACUGGGAGGAAAGGCAGAGUCAACAACAAGGUUUUUCAACAUUCUCGACAGGGAAACCCAGUUACUUGUCCAACUGGUUCUUCCAGUAAUGAUCAAAUGACUGCUACUGGCUUGUCUUUUAUCAAUAAAGAUGUGGAUGUGGCUACCCAUCAUCACAUUGUUGGAGGCUUAAAUGAUUCUAUACAGCAGCAUCAGCUUACUCCUACUCAACAUUUCAAUGUGCCAUCAACAGCCGCUCCAUUUCUGCCGCCAGUUGCAGAUGAGAAAUGGGAAUUAGUUCAUACCAGUCCUACUUCUCCAGAAAUACACAAAAUUGCAAUGCGUUUAGGGCGAAGAUGGAACAGUUUGAUUCCAUUUAUGGAACCGAACAGUGAUGAUUUGGAAAUUGAGGCUCGUAUUAUUGCUGAUCGACGAGAUAAACUUGAACCAGAGAAGGCUGAACUUUAUUUGCUGCUGUGGAAAGAAAAGUUUAAUGAUAAAGCUACACGCUAUUGUUUAGUGAAUGUUUUAAUUGACUGUAGUCAGCGACUGACAGCAGAUCAAGUUUUUGGAAGGGAUCUUGUUGAAUUAGUGCAACAAGUUAGAAGGUUGGGUGUUAAAACGGAAUAGAUUUUUACUUGCAUUUUCAUCUUAUUACAGGGUUUGCGUGUGUAGAUUGUGUGUAAGAACGAAAUACAUAAUUAGAUGCAUACCAAUAACUAGAGUAACAUCCGGGACAGUAGAUUAUAAUGGAUGAAAGUAAUCAUGCGAAUGUAUUUGAUUUUUGGAGGAGCAGAGAAGCUGCAGCUACUGUGUCCGCAUUGUCCCCAAUCUGUGGCGUCUCUAGAACGAAGUCUUCUUCCUCGGCAUGUUCGUCGACCUCCCGCACUAGUCGUCUUACGACUGUGAACUCUUGUACAAAAGUUUCCGUUCGUUCAACAACAGACGACGGCCUCCCAGAGAACUUACAAACAAAGACGCUUGCAGAAAGAAGAGCGAAGCAUCAAGGUGCAGACCACACCCACAAGGUAGGACCAAGUCGCAGCACUUCCAGAAGCUCCAGUUUACUAAAGAAGAGUUUGUCGCAACCAACGCUACCGCCCCAGACAGGCCAGUGUGCGAAGAGAACUACAGUUGACUUUGCAGAACUGACAGUGAGGCGAGGGAGCAGCACUAGUACAACAAAAAACACGUGGUCGUCUAGAAGAGCUCUUGCAAUUAGUACAAGGUCAGCUACGUAUACAGGAGGUUCAGCAACAAAGCGAAGUAUGAAGGAAGAGGUGUCUCCUAAGUCUUCUGCUGGUCCUUUUGAUUUGUUUUUUGGAGAUGGACUUUUUGACUUGGUAGAAGAAAGCAAUGAAGAAGUCACAGUCUUCAAAAGAGUCGUCACCGAUUUGAGGCAAAAAUACCCAUAUUUUGAUAGCAGAACUAAUCCAAGCUACUUGACAAACUCGGUUGUAUCUUCUGGGAAUGUAAGGAUGUCUCGUUCAUAUAGUAUACCAGGAGAUGAUGAUGAUGUGAAUCAUGUUAACAUUCAACUACAUAGUUUGCAAGGAAGAAUUCCAUUGUACAUUACUGGAAAUUUGAAGUCAUGUGGUAUUGACAUUAUACAACAAGCUCUCAUCUCAUGUGACACAUUGUGUCAACAAUUUCUACCAAUGGAUGGCUCAGAACUGGAUCCAAGCAGUUUUGUGCUGAAAGUGUGUGGGAGAGCAGAGUAUCUUGACAACAAUGUUGCACUUGAAGCUAUUGGAUGUGUAAGACAAUGUAUUCGAUACAACUGUCCUCUAAAACUUGCAAUUUUACAACACGAGCAAAUUCCAGACUAUGGAGCCAGGACAAGUGAAGACGACGACGAAGAUUGCAGAGUAGAAGGAUUUCAAAGAUACUUUGAACAGCCAAUUGCAACAGCUGUGUCACAGCGAGGACUGAUGAUUCUAAUAGAAGCGUUUCAGAAAGAGUGUAAUCGACUGCUUGAGGGUUUAAACCAUCAACAGCCUGAUCAAGUAGUACAAACAGUGAAGGCCAUUUGGUCAACUUUAUCAACUGUUGAGUUGUCAUGCAUUACAGAUGCCAUUUCUUUCCUUCGAAAAGUUACUCUUCGUUGUGAUGGUGUCAGUAAACAGGGUAAUGUGGAGCGGAGUGGAGAAGACAAAAGUCGGUUUGAAUUAGGUAUCAAUAAACUCACAUCUGCUGUCCACAGAUUUAUAGAGGUUUACUGCAGCUCAUUUGAAACGAACUUUAAUCUUUCUCAGUCAGUUGCCAGAGCACAUGGCAAUGUUCGACUGAAGAAGUCUUUGACUGAUGUUGAAGGGAAAUUUCGAGUCUUUAUUGGAUCAGCGAGUCGGAUACCUUAUGUUUAUCGAAGUUUUGAACUUUUCCAAGUUCAAUGUCGACUGUAUUAUGGGGGUGAGAUGUUGGCGGACUGUCAGUCAACUUGGCCUGUCCAAUUAUCGUAUGGGUUCAGUAAUCGUCUUGCAUGGGAUGAAUGGCUUGAGUUUAAUGUUGACAUCAGGAGUUUGCCACGAGAGAUUCGACUCUGCUGCUCUUUGAUUGGGUGCAAGAAAGCAUCUGGUAGUGACACAAAGGAAGUUCUUGGUUGGGUUGCUUUUUGCUUGUUUGAUUUUAAAAGUGCAUUGCUGUCUGGAGAUUUCUUGUUUGGUCUUUGGCCAGAUCAAGUAGCAAAUCCCAUUGGAACAUGUUCCUCCAACAUCAUCAACAAAGACAGUGUCAUAUUGCAUAUUCAACUGGAUUCUUUUGGAGAAAGUGAAGUUUUCUUCCCUGAGUCAAGCAAGAUAGUUCUUCCUGUCAGGCAAUCUGUAAUGGAUCUUGUAACAAAGCAUUCUUUGAAAAUGAUGAUUCAGAAAGAUCCCUAUAAAAGUCGGCAGCAGAAAGACGAGAUCCUUGCUGGCUCUCAAUUUUCGGAUUUUUCUAAAGUCAAAAAUUUUGAAUCUCUGUCCACACUAGACCAGAAUACAUCUCGAUCCCAUCGCGAUCUGAUUGGGAUAGUGAGUGUCCACACUUUGAAAAUGUUACCUCCGCCUAAUUUUUGGUAUCACGUGACUGAUGACUGA